AUGCAAAUGCAAACUGGUCUUAAUGCGACAAAGGAUCAAUAUGAGCAAUGUGGGGCUGGAUAUCCAAACAAAACUACUGUCGCAUGCAUGAUAAAUGCAGAAAUUAGUGCAGUGUUGGCAGUUAUGCGAAGAAAUGUCAGAUGGGGAGUUCAUUACAUGUCAAAUGAUGACCAGACAGAGCACUUUCUUGUUCAGUCAUUAAAGACGUUAAGGAGGCAAAUUUUCUCAUGGCAGAAUCAAUGGCAUUCCAUCAACCCUACCUUGUAUCUCCAGCCCUUUUUGGAUGUGAUACGAUCAGAUGAAACUAGUGCGCCUAUUACUGGUGUUGCUUUGUCAUCUGUUUACAAAAUCUUAACUCUAGAUGUGAUUGAUCAACACACUGUCAAUGUUGGGGAUACCAUGCACUUCGUGGUUGAUUCUGUCACUAGUUGCAGAUUUGAAGUGACCGAUCCUGGAUCAGAAGAAGUGGCAUUAAUGAAGAUUUUACAAGUUCUUCUAGCUUGUGUGAAAGGUAAAGCAUCUGUCAUGCUGAGUAACCAACACAUUUGCAUCAUAGUGAAUACAUGUUUCCGAAUAGUUCAUCAAGCAGGAACUAAAGGUGAGCUGUUGCAACGAAUAGCACGGUACACAAUGCAUGAACUGGUUAGGUCUAUAUUUUCUCACCUUCAGAAUAUUGACAAUACAGAGUGUGAAUUCAUAAAUGGGAGCGCUACCUUAAAACAAGAGACCACUGGACUAAGUAAUGACCAUGCUUUGGCAAGCAGAGAAUUGGAAAAUGGGAGCCUUAAUUCUGCAUACGAUGCUCAACCAUUAUCUAAAAUCAUUGCUUCCAGCACUGCAAUUGCAAAUGUCGUGGAUGAAAACACAGCUAUUGCUAGCAGUGGCAAUGAGACUGAUCCACACGAAUUACAGAUUAUGAUUAAACCAUAUGGAGUUCCUUGUAUGGUGGAAAUAUUUCACUUCUUGUGUUCUUUGCUGAAUGUCUCUGAGCAUAGGGGAGUGAAUUCUAGAUCAAACACAAUGACGUUUGAUGAAGACGUGCCUCUUUUUGCAUUAACUUUGAUUAAUUCAGCCGUUGAGUUGGGAGGGCCAUCCUUUCGCCGUCACCCACGACUGCUGAGUUUAAUUCAGGAUGAAUUAUUCUGCAAUCUUAUGCAAUUUGGUUUAUCAAUGAGUCCUCUUGUACUUUCAAUGGUGUGCAGCAUUGUUCUCAAUUUGUAUCAGCAUCUUCGUCCAGAACUCAAAUUACAGCUUGAAGUAUUUUUUUCUUGUGUAAUUUUGAGGCUUGCACAAAGCAAAUAUGGGGCCUCAUAUCAGCAACAGGAGGUUGUGAUGGAAGCACUUGUUGAUUUUUGCAGGCAAAAAACAUUCAUGAUUGAGACGUAUGCUAACUAUGACUGUGAUAUAAGUUGCAGUGAUGUCUUUGAAGAUAUUGCUAAUUUGUUGUCCAAAAAUGCAUUUCCUGUGAACAAUCCAUUAUCUUCUAUACAUAUUCUUGCCUUAGAUGGUCUUAUUGCUUUAAUGGAUGGAAUUGCAGAAAGAAUAGGUAGUGGCUCUCUAAGUUCAGAAGAAUCUCCUGUGAAUUUUGAGGAGUAUACACCAUUUUGGAUGGAAAUGUGUGACAAUUUUGAUGACCCAAAUGAUUGGGUUCCUUUUGUCCGCCAAAGAAAGUGCAUAAAGAGAAGAUUAAUGAUUGGAGCUGAUCACUUCAAUCGGGAUAUUAAGAAAGGUCUUGAGUUUCUCCGAGGAACACAUCUUCUGCCUAACAAACCUGAUCCCCAAAGUGUUGCCUGCUUUUUAAGAUACACAGCUGGGUUGGAUAAGAAUCUCAUUGGUGAUUUCCUAGGAAAUCAUGAUGAAUUUUGUGUUCAGGUUCUUCAUGAAUUUUCUAGGACAUUUGAUUUCCACGAUAUGACCUUAGACACAGCCCUACGUGUAUUUUUAGAGACUUUUAGGCUUCCUGGAGAAUCACAGAAGAUACAUAGGGUGCUUGAAUCUUUCUCUGAGAGAUAUUAUGAACAAUCACCAGAUAUCCUAGCUAACAAGGAUGCUGCUCUCGUGUUAUCAUACUCGAUGAUAUUGCUUAAUACAGACCAUCAUAAUGUGCAGGUCAGAAAGAAGAUGACGGAAGAGGAUUUUAUCCGAAAUAAUAGGCAUAUAAAUGGUGGUAAUGAUCUGCCUCGAGAAUUUCUGUCAGGGAUUUACCAUUCAAUUUGUAAGAAUGAAAUUCGUACCACUCUUGAACCGAGCUUUGGAUUUCCUGAAAUGACCCCAAGUCGGUGGAUUUCUCUGAUGCACAAGUCAAAUAAAACUGCUCCAUACAUUGUAUCGAAUUCCAGAUCAUACUUAGACUAUGAUAUGUUUGUGUUGUUGUCAGGCCAAACAAUUACUGCCAUUUCAGUGGUUUUUGAUGAUGCUGAAAAUAAAGAGGUAUAUCAAACAUGUAUUGAUGGAUUCUUAGUCGUUGCUAAGAUAUCAGCCUACUAUAAUCUUGAAAAUGCACUUAAUGAUCUCGUCGUGUGCCUCUGUAAGUUCAUUGCCAUUUUGGAUCCAUUAUCAGUUGACGAAUCUGUCCUGGCCCUUGGAGAUGACACAAAAGUAAGAAUAGCAACUGAGACAGUUUUCACUAUUGCAAAUAGGUAUGGUGAUUACAUCCGCACAGGGUGGAGGAAUAUCCUUGAUUGCAUCUUAAUAUUUUACAAGUUAGGACUAAUUCCUACACGCUUGGCCAGUGAUGCAGCUGAUGAGUCACGGGUAACUACUGAGAUUGGACAUGGAAAGUCUAACUCAAAUUCUUUAUUAUCAUCAAAUAUUCAACAUAUUAUUCCAAAGAGAUCCUCAGGAUUAAUUAGCAGGUUUAGUCAACUCUUAUCACUUGGCUCUGAAGAGAUACAAUCAAUACCUACACAAGAACAGCUGGUUGCUCUUCAGCGAGCUACACAAGCAAUUCAAAAGUGUCAGAUUGAUAGCAUAUUCACUGAGAGCAAAUUUCUGCAAGCUGAAUCUCUAUUGAAUCUUGAAAGAGCGCUCAUUAAUGCUGGAACUCAACAUCCGAAAGGAAACAGAAUAUCUGAGGAUGAAGAUCCUUCAGUUUUCUGCCUUGAGUUAUUGGUGGCAAUCACUCUGAAUAACAGGGACAGAGUUGUACUUAUUUGGAAGGGUGUUUAUGAGCACUUAUCCAAUAUUAUUCGGUCGACUGUGAUGCCUUGUGCUCUGGUAGAAAAGGCUAUUUUUGGACUUCUUAGAAUUUGCCAUCGCUUACUUCCCUACAAAGAGAACAUUACUGAUGAACUUUUGAGGUCCCUGCAACUUGUCUUGAAGCUUGACGCACUAGUUGCAGAUGCAUACUAUGAGAAGAUUACUCAGGAAGUCAGUUGCCUUGUGAAGGCAAAUGCUUCUCAUAUUAGAUCUCAGUCUGGAUGGGGGACUAUUACAGCACUUCUUUCCAUCACUUCUAGACACCUGGAAUCAUCUGAGGCUGGAUUUGAUGCACUGCUGUUCAUUAUGUCUGAUGGAGCUCACUUGCUCCCUGCUAAUUACAUCCUCUGUGUAGAUGCUGCGAGACAGUUUGCCGAGUCUCGUGUAGGACUGGUUGAUCGUUCUAUAACUGCACUAGAUCUUAUGGCAGGUUCUGUAAACUGUUUAGAAAAAUGGACUAAUAAUGCUAAGAAAACUGUCAAAGAAGAGGAAGUGGAAAAGAUGAUGCAGGAUAUUGGGGAAAUGUGGUUUAGGCUAGUGCAAGGACUGGGGAAAGUAUGCUUGGAUCAGAGAGAGGAGGUUAGAAACCAUGCGUUAUUAUCUUUGCAAAAGUGCUUGCUAGGAGCUGUUGGGACUCACCUGCCAUGUGAUUUGUGGUUGACAUGUUUUGAUCAAGUUAUCUUCACUGUGCUCGAAGACCUGCUUGAAAUUGCACAAUCGCAUUCUCAGAAAACCUACCCAAACAUAGAAGGAACACUUGUUAUUGCCUUGAAGCUUAUGUCUGAAGUUUUCCUCAAGUUACUCCAAGAACUAUCACAAUUGGCGGCCUUCUGCGAACUAUGGGAGGAUAUACUAAGCUGUAUGAAAAAAUGUGUGAAUAUGAAAAUUAAAGGAAGAAGAACUGAAAAGCUUCAAGAGCUUGUGCCAGAGCUUCUGAAGAACACUUUGCUUGUUAUGAUAUCUGGGGGCAUACUAGUGCAGAGUAAUAAUGGUUUGGGUGAAAAUACUUUGUGGGAACUGACAUGGCUACACAUAAAGAAUAUUUCUCCCUCAUUGCAGUCUGAGGUGUUUCCUGAGGAAGAUCUAGAACAGCAUUAA